UGUAACGGAAUAACGAGUCUCCGUUACCGAGCCGCUUCCUCCCCACCGGCUCUCACUGGCUGAUAACCGCCUACACACUGCCCACUUGUUCAGGUGACAGCCCCAACACACCGCCCUCUCCCCUUCCCCGUCGGAGAUGUAGCUGUCUGUGGAUGACAGCAGACCUGAAGGACCGAAACAAGUGCUCUGAUACAAACUACUGCACCUAGCAAACAGGCUAAUUCUCUCCUGAAGUAAGCUAACUACUUAAGCUAAGCGCCAAGGUCUAGUGGAAGUACUUCAGAGGAGAUUCGGUCAUUUUAAGCCACGAAGCAGAGAGAGAAGGGGUGAAAAAAGGCGACAUACAAGCCGUCGUUAGUCUGAACUGAGUCCAGAACCGGCUUUUCUCCCCAGGACCAGAGCAGCACCACCUGGAUGCGAUGACCGACGCGGUUGUGGACAGCAAGACAGAGGUUAAACAAGGCACCAAAUAUGUCAAAGAGACUGAAAAUGUUGCGGAAAAAUAUUCAGUGAUGACUGUGAGCAAAAACAGCAGUGAUGUGAAUAUGAACGUAGGGGAAAUGCCCUCCGCAGCGUUCACCGCAGUCCCGACUCUGAAAUCCGUCAAGAAGAUCCAGUUUGCAAACACAGAGGACAAACAGGAAUUCAGCAAGUACCCAACCAAGGCGGGCCGCCGAUCCCUGUCCCGAUCCAUCUCGCAAUCCUCCACAGACAGCUACAGUUCAGCUGCAUCCUACACCGAUAGCUCAGAUGAUGAAACCUCUCCCCGGGACAAAGCCCAGGUCAACACCCAUGGCAGCAGUGACUUCUGUGUGAAGAACAUCAAGCAGGCCGAAUUUGGUCGCCGCGAAAUUGAAAUCGCAGAACAAGACAUGUCUGCCCUGAUCUCCUUGAGGAAGCGAGCCCAGGGAGAGAAGCCACUGGCUGGGGCUAAGAUAGUAGGAUGUACCCACAUCACUGCCCAGACUGCAGUCCUGAUAGAGACUCUGGUCGCCCUUGGGGCCCAAUGUCGCUGGACUGCCUGUAAUAUUUACUCCACUCAGAAUGAGGUGGCAGCUGCUCUCGCUGAGACAGGGGUGCCUGUGUUUGCAUGGAAAGGUGAGUCAGAGGACGACUUCUGGUGGUGCAUUGAUCGCUGUGUCAACACGGAAGGCUGGCAGGCCAAUAUGAUCUUGGAUGAUGGCGGUGACUUAACCCACUGGGUUUAUAAAAAGUAUCCCAGUGUCUUCAAGAAGGUCCGGGGCAUUGUGGAGGAGAGUGUUACUGGAGUGCACAGGCUGUACCAGUUGUCUAAGGCUGGAAAACUCUGUGUCCCUGCGAUGAACGUGAACGACUCAGUCACCAAGCAGAAAUUUGACAACCUCUACUGCUGCCGUGAAUCCAUCUUAGAUGGCUUGAAGAGGACCACGGAUAUAAUGUUUGGAGGCAAACAAGUGGUUGUGUGCGGGUAUGGAGAGGUAGGAAAAGGCUGCUGCACUGCUCUGAAGGCCCUGGGAGCCAUUGUGUGCAUCACAGAGAUCGACCCUAUCUGUGCCCUGCAGGCAUGCAUGGAUGGUUUCCGAGUGGUCAAGCUGAGCGAGGUCAUCCGGCAGAUGGACGUGGUGAUAACGUGCACUGGUAACAAGAACGUUGUCACUAGAGAACAGCUUGACAGAAUGAAGAAUGGCUGCAUCGUCUGCAACAUGGGACAUUCCAAUACUGAGAUUGAUGUGGCGAGUCUGCGCAGCCCUGAGCUCACCUGGGAGAGGGUUCGCUCUCAGGUUGACCACAUCAUCUGGCCUGAUGGAAAGAGAGUCGUUCUGCUGGCAGAGGGUCGCCUCCUAAAUCUGAGCUGCUCCACAGUGCCUACGUUUGUGUUGUCCAUCACUGCUACCACUCAGGCUCUGGCCCUGAUCGAACUGUUUAACGCUCCAGAGGGACGUUAUAAACAGGAUGUGUAUCUCCUGCCCAAGAAGAUGGAUGAAUAUGUGGCCAGUUUGCAUUUACCAAACUUUGACGCCCACCUGACAGAGCUGUCUGACGAACAGGCCAAGUACAUGGGCCUCAACAAGAAUGGACCCUUUAAACCCAACUACUACAGGUAUUAAUGACGGUAUCUGAUGACGUGACCCUCAACACAUAGUUGCCCUGGGAUAAACAGAGAUAUCUAUUUUAUUUUCUAAACUGCUACAAAAUGGACGAAUUAUUUUACUUAUGCUGAAUGUAACUUAUUAAUAGCAGUCCAGACAUGGUGUUAUAAAUAUAAUAUAAUAUAAUAAUUAAGGAGACCUAUUAUAUAAUGUAACCAACUAUAUUUCACAUGUCUUGUGUGUUUAAAAAGCCUGCUUGCAUGCUUUCAUGUGUACGUACUUACUUAUUUGCUUCUGAUUAUGUUAGUAGAUCAUUUAGUUGAUUUGUUUGUUUACCCUAUUUACGCACAGUGCCAAAUGUUGGCCAAAAAGAAUGAAACAGAAAAUACCAUACAAGUUACGUCUGUCAUGACACUGAAGUUUUAUUAGUACAUUCCAUGAGCCAGUGUUGGCACUGAGCCAUAAACAGCUCGUGUAUUAUCUUUGAGAUGUUUUGUUUUACAUGCAGUUAAUUCUUUGAAUGGUAUCUGCAUACAUGCCUUAAAAAGUAACAUCCAGUCAACCUCUCAGCUCAGAGUACAGCGAUAUUACUUCAAACUAUUAUAUAAACAUCAUGAGUCAGUGUUUUUAUUUUAAGAAAUUCUAAUACCCUGUGAAUGUCUCGGUCCUUAUUUAAAUCUUUGACUCAUAAGACAGUGGCUUAAGAGGAAUCGCAGAUUGUGUGUGACCUUAAAUUUAGCUAAAAACUGCAAGAGAUGAUCCUGAAUGGAUGUUUAAUGUGCUUAUAACACAUUAUCAUGUGGUAUGUGUUGGCUCAUGUUAAAGGUAACAGACUGAGAAGUUAUUAUUUAACACCACAUUUCCAUUUUCCUUCUCAAACACUGGCUGGUAUUUCAAUAAAACAUUUUCAGUAUUUUGACUGGAUUUUAUUUUUAAGGCCAUGGUAUGAAUGUGCCUUUUUUAUCAUUUACCUGGAGAAAAAAAAAAUCAGCACUGACCUUAA